AUGUCCCGUCUCUUUCCUUUGGCUGGCCCCGAGGUCGAAGGCCCGGGGCACGCAUUAGGUCGAAGGCCCGGGGCACGCAUUAGGUCGAAGGCCCGGGGCAUCCAUCAGGUCGAAGACCCGGGGCAUCCAUCAGGUCGAAGACCCGGGGCAUCCAUCAGGUCGAAGACCCGGGGCAUCCAUCAGGUCGAAGGCCCGGGGCAUCCAUCAGGUCGAAGGCCCGGGGCAUCCAUCAGGUCGAAGGCCCGGGGCAUCCAUCAGGUCGAAGACCCGGGGCAUCCAUCAGGUCGAAGGCCCGGGGCAUCCAUCAGGUCGAAGACCCGGGGCAUCCAUCAGGUCGAAGGCCCGGGGCACCCAUCAGGUCGAAGACCCGGGGCAUCCAUCAGGUCGAAGACCCGGGGCAUCCAUCAGGUCGAAGACCCGGGGCAUCCAUCAGGUCGAAGACCCGGGGCACCCAUCAGGUCGAAGGCCCGGGGCACCCAUCAGGUCGAAGGCCCGGGCAUCCAUCAGGUUGAAGACCCGGGGCAUCCAUCAGGUCGAAGGCCCGGGGCAUCCAUCAGGUCGAAGACCCGGGGCAUCCAUCAGGUCGAAGACCCGGGGCAUCCAUCAGGUCGAAGACCCGGGGCACCCAUCAGGUCGAAGGCCCGGGGCACCCAUCAGGUCGAAGGCCCGGGGCAUCCAUCAGGUUGA